AUGGACCACGCGGUCAAGGACUUUUGGGAAGGCACUCGGGCCAUUUUGAACGAAACCCCGGUGGGCGCGGAGCUUGCACCAUGCGAAGAGCUCAGCGGCCGGGAAUAUGAGACCUGGAACGUGACGCUGCGGAGCUACGGCGGGCAGCGGCUGCGAGGAUUCUACACCGUGCCCCGGCACGAUCCGCCAGUCGGAAAGUUCCCGGCGAUGUUGGCCGUUCCCGGGUACGGCGGCGCCAAGGAGAUCCCUUACCACGUGGUCAUGCACGGCUUCGCGGUGCUGACGCUGUUCCCGCGGGCGCAGGGUGAAAGCAUACCCGAAUGGGAUUUGCCGCACGGAACAAAGUUGACCUACAACGUCACCGACCGGGAGAGUUACUACUACCGGGCCGCGUACAUGGACUGCGUGCGGGGCGUGGAUUUCCUCUGCGAGCGCGCGGAAGUGGACGACAAUCGCAUUGGGAUGUGGAGCCGGAGCCAGGGCGGUGGGUUCACGCUGACCACGACGGCGCUGGACCAUAGGCUGGCGGCGGCGGUGGCGGAAGAGCCUUUCAUGUGCAACUACCCGGUGGCUAUCGACAUCGAGACCCGCCCAUACCACGAACUGUCCAACUACGUACAGGACCAUCCGGAACAGCGGCAGGAGAUGUUGGACACGCUGCAGUACUUCGACGCGCUGACGCUGGCGGACGCGAUCGAAUGCCCGACCCUGGUGAACAUCGGGAUGGCAGACACGACCUGCCCAUACGAGACCAUCAUGCCGGUGUUUGACCGGAUACGGGCGCACAAAUCGCUGCUGGUCUAUCCGGAUUUGACGCACAGCCCGUGUACGGACUUCAACGUGCACGCGAUGAACUGGCUCAAGAGGUACCUGGGCGCCUGA